GUCUUCUGGGCGUUCGCAAGUCGCAAAAGCGAGCUUCUAGGGCGUCAAACCCUGGCGAUACAAGGACACAGUCGGCGAGCGACGCACCAAGUCAAGGGACGACGGCCAACUUACUUGGACUCGGUGAUCCGUCAGACCAGCGUCCAAUGACUGUCGAUGCUGGUCUCCCGGGUUUUGUCAAGGCCCUUCCUGCUCAUUUGACAGCUGAAGACACUGAAUAUUUGCGUCAUAGGGGCAUAUUCCAGAUCCCAGCAACAGGAUGUCGAAACGAAAUUCUACGAGCGCAUUUUCAAUUCGUCCAUCCACUCAUGCCACUCCUAGAUAUCGAGAGCUUCAUAGGCCCGAUGCUACAGAGCAGUCCACCAGAGAAGAUUAGCCUGCUUCUACUUUACGCUGUCCUAUGCUCUGGAGCGGCACAUGUCGAAAUCGGGGUGUUGCACGCUCUGGGCUAUCAAAGCAGGAAAGCGGCUCGAAAGGCUUUCUUCGAUAGAGCACGGCUACUCUAUGAUUUCGACUGCGAACCCGAGCGGGUGUCAUUGGUCCAGGCGUUUCUGCUGAUGACAUAUUGGUGGCAUACAGGGACGCAACACAAAGACCGCAGGUUCUGGAUUCGUGAGGGCGUGAGUCUCGCGCUAGACCUGGGACUUGGGAUGGACCUUGACAACUGCGGCUCAAAACAAAAACGGCUUAUGAAGCGGAUUUGGUGGUGCUGUUUCAUGCGCGACCAAUUCGUUGCCCUCAUGACAUGGACUCCGGCUCAUCUCGGCGCCAGGCAUCGUAACCUUCCGAUGUUGACGUUGGAAGACUUUGAGGUGCAAGCUUUCUCAGAUCCAAUCGUGGACAACUUUGGACAAUGGCCGUUGGUCAAUAGCAGGGAAACAAGAGUGCAGCUGGCGACUUUGUGCAUUGAGAAGGCGAAGCUAUGCGUAUGCAUCAAUCGAAUCCUGGAGGCCCGAUAUUCAAGUCGCCGCCUGGAGGCAGAAACCCAGAUGGUCACUAUUCUUGUUCCCAAGAGAGCUGCAGUGAACCAGUAUGAAGUGAUUGAACAUGAUCACGAGCUCCAAGCAUGGUACCACAAUGUUGUCGACAGCAGCACUCUGGAUCUCCGGGAUGCGGUCACAGCAGGCCCUGAUGUGGUAUCAAUACAAAAGGGACAUCUGAAGCUUUUGUUCCUUACCGCACUGCUCGCCCUCCAUCGACCGCAAGCAGUGGACGCAUUCGACGUACGCUUGAGUGCGUCCCAGGAGCUGUCAAGUAGGAAACUCCGCGAAACAGCUGAAGAAGUAGCGCAUGUUGCGAAACGCAUCCAAGAUUUGGAGAUGGGAACCCACAUGAAUCCAAAAGGUGUCAGUCUCUAUCUUCCUAUACUACUCGUUCACCUACAGGACAUCAGACCCGAGACUGGGACUCUGAAGAAGUCCAGGUUGGAAAAGUAUCAUGAUUGUAUGAGGAUCUUGGAUUCCAUUGGCGGUGAUGCUGUGCCUGAGAAUCUUCUCCCGAUGAAGCUGGAGGCAGCCUUCCGCACGCUCAAUGUGCUCCCUUCGACAAGAUGCACGAUUCCGAGGCAGCUUCGCAUGAGUGGCGAACAGUUUCCAGCUUCUGGCAACGAGCCGAUCUCGCUGCUGUCUAACCUCGGUGUUGUGACUCAGUUCGAGAUGGAUUUUCUACAAGAUCUUAGUGCAUGCGCUGUCAAUGCCGGCUCCGGUUCGAUCCAGCCAAGGUUCGAGCGUGGAGGAGAGCCUCGGCAGGAGGAACGAGAAGCCACCGGACGACUUGUUAACGACAACACCGUGUAG